AUGCACACAGGUGAGAAGCCGUAUUUCUGUUCUGAGUGCGGGAAAUGUUUUUUACAAAAAUCAGAGCUUGUUCUGCAUCAAAGGUCUCACACGGGGGAAAAGCCGUAUUCCUGUCCUGAGUGCGGGAAAUGUUUUUCACAGCAGUCCGGUGUUCAGAAACAUCGGAGAUUGCACAGAGGUGAGAAGCCUUAUUCCUGUUCUGAGUGCGGGAAAUGUUUUGCACAAAAAGAACAACUUGUCAUACAUCAGAGGUCUCAUACAGGGGAGAAGCCAUAUUCCUGUCCAGAUUGUGCAAAAUGUUUUUCAAAAAAGUACUAUCUUUCCUUACAUCAAAGGUCCCACACGGGAGAAAAGCCGUAUUCCUGUCCUGAGUGUGGACAAUGUUUUUCACAGAAGUCCCAUCUUUACAGACACCAGAAAUGGCACACGGGUGAGAAGCCACAUUCCUGUUCUGAGUGUGGGAAAUGUUUUGUUCAAAAAUCAGAUCUUGUCGCACAUCAGAGGUCUCACACAGGGGAGAAACCCUACUCUUGUCGCGAGUAUGGGAAAUGUUUUUCAAUGAAGUCCUAUCUUUACAGACAUCAGAGAUCUCACAUGGGGGAGAGGCCGUAUUCGUGCCCUGAAUGUGGGAAAUGUUUUUUACACAAAUCCGUCCUUGUUGUACAUCAGAGGAUUCACACGGGGGAGAAGCCGUAUUCCUGCCUUGAGUGUGGGAAAUGUUUUGCACAGAAGUCAGACCUUGUUAGUCAUCAGAGAUUGCACACGGGGGAGAAGCCGUAUUCCUGCGCGGAAUGUGGGAAAUGUUUUCCAUGGAAAAAACAUCUUGAUAGACAUCAGAUAUCUCACACAGGGGAAAAGCCACAUUCCUGCCCUGAGUGCGGGAAAUGUUUUUCAUUGAAGUCUGCUGUUGUUAGACAUCAGAGAUCUCACACAGGAGAGAAGCCGUAUUCCUGCCCUGAGUGUGGGAAAUGUUUCAUAAGGAGAUCAAAUCUUGUUAGACAUCAAAGAUCUCACGCAGGGAAGAAGCCAUAUUCCUGCCCCGAAUGUGGGAAAUGUUUUACGCAGAAAUCAAAUCUUGUAACACAUCAGAGGAUUCACACGGGGGAGAAGCCGUAUUCCUGUCCUGAGUGCGGGAAAUGUUUUUCACAGAAAUCGGACCUUGUUAAACAUCAUAGAUUGCACACGGGGGAGAAGCCGUAUUCUUGCCCUGAGUGUGGUAAAUGUUUUUCCAAGAAAUCACUCCUUGUUGUACAUCAGAGAUUGCACACGGGGGAGAAGCCGUAUUCCUGCCCUGAGUGUGGAAAACGUUUCUUACACAGAUCAGACUUUGUUAUACAUCAGAGAUCUCACACAGGGGAGAAGCCUUAUUCCUGCCCAGAAUGCGGAAAAUGUUUUUCAAAGAAAUCACACCUUGUUAUGCAUCAGAAGAUUCACACAGGCGAGAAGCCGUAUUCCUGCUCUGAGUGUGGAAAAUGUUUUUCAUGGAGAUCAGGCCUUGUUUUACAUCAGAGAUCUCACACGGGGGAGAAGCCGUAUUCCUGCCCUGAGUGCAGAAAAUGUUUUUUACAAAAAUCAGACCUUGUUAAACAUCAAAGAUUGCACACAGGCAAGAAUCCAAACUCCUGCCCUGAGUGUGGGAAAUGUUUUACACAGAAAUCAAAACUUGUUAUACAUCAGAGAUCUCACACAGGGGAGAAGCCGUAUACCUGCCCUGAGUGUGGAAAAUGUUUUACACACAAAACAAGCCUUUAUGAACAUCAGAGAUUGCACAGGGGGGAAAGGCCAUUUUCCUGCUCUGAGUGUGGGAAAUGUUUUCCACAGAAAUCAAAACUUGUUAUACAUCAGAGAUCUCAUACGGGGGAGAAACCAUAUUCCUGCACUGAGUGCGGGAAAUGUUUUACACACAAAACAAGUCUUAAAGGACAUAAGAGAUUGCACACAGGGGAGAAGCAAUUUCCCUGCCCUGAGUGCGGGAAAUGUUUCCUUUUUAAAUCAGAACUUGUCAUACACUACAGAUCUCACAAAGGCAAGAAGCCAAAUUCUUGCCCUGAGUGCGGGAAAUGUUUUGUACAGAAAUCAAAACUUGUUAGACAUCAGAGAUCUCACAGGGGAGAGAAGCCGUAUUCGUGCCCUGACUGCGGGAAAUGUUUUACACAGAAAACAAGCCUUGAUGGGCAUCAGAGAUUGCACAAGGGAGAAAGGCCAUUUUCCUGCCCUGAGUGUGGGAAAUGUUUUCCACAGAAAUCAAAACUUGUUAGACAUCAGAGAACUCACACUGGGGGGAAGCCAUAUUCCUGCUUUGAGUGCGGGAAAUGUUUCCUUUAUAAUUCAGAACUUGUCAUACAUCAGAGAUCUCACACAAGCAAGAAGCCACAUUCCUGCCCUGAGUGUGGGAAAUGUUUUACACAGAAAGCAAACCUUGUUAGACAUCAGAGAACUCACACUGGGGAAAAGCCAUAUGCCUGCCUUGAGUGCGGGAAAUGUUUUUCCCAGAAAAAAGGCCUUGAUGGACAUCAAAGAUUGCACACGGGGGAAAAGCCACAUUCCUGCCCUAAAUGUGGGAAAUGUUUUACAUGGAAAUCACAAUUAGUUGUACAUCAGAGAUCUCACACAGGGGACAAGCCGUAUUCUUGCCCUGAGUGCGGGAAAUGUUUUUCACAGAAAUCACAUCUUAAUGGACAUCAGAGAUCCCACACGGGGGAGAAGCCGUAUUCUUGCCCUGAAUGUGAAAAAUGUUUCACACAGAAAUCAUUACUCGUUGUACAUCAGAGAUCUCACACGGGGGAGAAGCCAUUAUCUUGCCCUGAGUGCGGGAAAUGUUUUAAAUGGAGGUUCUCUCUUACCUUGCAUCAAAAGAGUCACAAAAGUGAGAAGCCGUAUUCUUGUACAGAGUGCGGGAAAUAUUUUUUAUUGAAAUCAUUACUUGUUAGACAUCAGAGAUCUCACACGGGGGAGAAACCGUAUUCCUGCUCUGAGUGCGGGAAAAGUUUUUCAGGAAAAUCAUACCUUGUUAUACAUCUGAGAUCACACACAGGGGUGAAGCCAUAUUCUUGCACUGAGUGCGGGAAAUGUUUUUCAUCGGCUUCCUCUCUUUACACGCAUAAGAAGAUUCACACAGGCGAGAAGCCGUAUUCUUGUCCUGAAUGUGGAAAAUGUUUUUUACAUAAGUGCAAUCUUCAAAUACAUCAGAGGCUUCACACAGGAGAGAAACCGUAUUCCUGCCCCGAGUGCGGGCAAUGUUUUAUACAGAAAUCACAACUUGUUCUACAUCAGAGAUCUCACAGUGGGGUGUAG